AACUGUUAAUUAAUCUUCCAUAAAAACCAAAAUCUUCCAAAACAAAAAAAAAAAGAGAGAGUAGCUGCAACAAAGCCCUUCACUGCAACUUGGCAGGCUAGUGCAACGGAAGAGAAAAACAGAGAUGUAUAAUUCUGGCAAUAAACCCUUGGCCACCCACAAGGGAUGUGCUUCAAAAUUGAAUACAGAGCAGAAAAUAAAUGAAGUUGGACCCAAAAAUCGACGUAUAACUCAGUUACUGCGAACUGCUUUUGCCGAUGCCUGCUCAGAUGUUCCUCCUCCUCAUGACGGUGCGUUGAAUCACUUCAGCCAUCGUCAUCCUUUGCUUCGACUGCACUUUCGAGCCAAAGAAGGAAUCCGAUGCAAUUUUUGUGAUAUCUUAAUCUCUGGUCUAGGUUAUGGUUGCGAUAAUUGUGAUUAUUACCUUCAUGACGUGUGUAGUAAUUUCCCUAGAGAAAUUCGACAUGAUUUUCAUCCCGGAUAUAACCACACUCUUAUUCUCCGACCCUUUAAAGCUCCCCGCCAAGAACAAUUUCUUUGUACGGCUUGUGGGCAUGACGAUUCUAAGGAUCAUUCUCUGUUCCAAUCAUACUAUUGCUGUGAAUCUUGCAACUUCAGUAUUCACGUUGAAUGUGCUUCUAUACCCAUAACCUUGAACAAAAAAGUGAAAUACCCACUUCAUCUGUUCGUUUCUUUCCCUAUAACAAGUGAGGCUGCUACUCUCUUUUGCUCAAUUUGUACUGAAGAAGUUCCUACUUCGGGCUUCUGGGUAUUUUACAGCCAUGAUCAUGAUUACCUCUGUCACUUCGACUGUGCUGGAUUAACUGAAUAUGCAACAGAGAAUGAUUCAAUGGGUAAACUUCGAAACCGGCUGCAAACUCUGGCUCUAACAAAUCGGCCUCCUGUAAGUGCAGAUGAGAAUAAGAGUAUCGCGCAUUUCACUCACCGCCAUGCUCUUAAGAAAUGUUACUCGGAGCAACCCCUGAUGUGCAGCUUCUGCAAUUUUGAGUUUUCGACGGGGUACUUUUGCGGUGCUUGCAAUUACUUUAUCGACAAGAUUUGCUUCUCCAUUCCGUCCAAGAUUCAACAUAUGUCUCAUCCCCAACACCCUCUCAAAUUAACUUGUUACUUAGAUGUUGUAAAUGAGAAUAGAUUCAAAAAUAGUGGCAGGGUGUACUAUUGCGCCCCGUGCGGGUUUGCUAUUAGUCGUUCUUAUGCCGGAGCUCCCAAGACCUUGUCCCUAACGGACAAUGUGUCUUACGAGCUCUUCUUUUCAUUCCCAUUCAAGCAUGAGAAGGCAGAGAUCAAGUGCAACAUGUGUUCCGAGAUAGUGGUGACUAAGUUAGAUCAACCGAUAUACUAUAAUCUGGAGCAUGAUAAAGCUUUGCACGUUCAUUGUGCCCUUAAUAAAGAAUGUGGCAACGAUAGUGCAAAGGAAGACAGGAUAUCAAUUCAACGCUUGAACGAAAUACGGAUAACAGAUUAAAAAGAAACGUUACCUUAGUGGAGCUGAAACUUUUGUACAUGUUGCGCUGUAUGUUUCUUGUCUGGAACCGGUAUGCUAUAUUAGCAAGUUUGGUUUGUCCAGCUGAUCAUGUCAUUCCUCAGAGGUCGCAGAUACAUCUUAGUACCCUUUCCUUAGAGGUGUUUGUUUCCUUUUUCAGCCUUUUUUGUUUCCGGAUGGUAAUGCUUGUUUUUGCUGUGUGAUUUUAGUAUUGUGUCUGUGUUUAUUUAAGUUUCUUCUUUUCCGGAUUUCUACCUUCAAUAGAUAUGUGGUUCUUGUUACUAGAAUUUACUUAUCUUUUGUUGAUACUUUAGUUUAACGUGUUUUAAGUUCUCAA